CCUUACUUGACACACGACCGACUCUGUUAACGUUUCAUUGAGCGAUCUCCACCCACUUCUGCAAGCUUCUGCGUCCCUUCAACUCGAGGGCUUAUAGCUAUCACUCUUUUUCCACCCUCAGGUCCUCCCUCAUUUCACUCGAAAGAAGCUUUCAGUCAUGGGUCAAACGCUCUCUUCACCUUCGACGACUAAAACAUCGGAGUCUGGGCAGGAUGGCCGUUUCAUGUAUGCUAUUUCUGAGAUGCAGGGAUGGAGGAUCACUAUGGAAGAUGCCCAUGCGAUCAAGUUGGAUCUAGGCGAAUCCUCUGAAGGCUCAAACGCCUUUUUCGCAGUUUAUGACGGACAUGGAGGCGGAACUGUCGCGAGAUAUGCGGGGCAAAACCUACAUAAGCGAUUAACGACAGAAGAAGCGUACCGGUCGAAAGACUACGAAACGGCUCUGAAAAGGGCAUUUUUGGGAACGGAUGAGGAUUUGUUAGCAAAUCCUGCUCAUGCCCGAGACCCAUCGGGCUGCACUGCGGUGGCCGCGUUGGUAACUCAAGACAAAAUUUAUGUGGCGAAUGCAGGAGAUUCGCGGUCCGUUUUGAGCUCCAAAGGCGAGGCUUUGCCCCUAAGUUUUGACCACAAGCCGACAAAUGAAUCGGAAAAGACACGUAUUACCGGCGCUGGAGGUUACGUUGAGUACGGCCGGGUCAACGGGAAUCUUGCACUGUCGCGAGCCAUCGGUGACUUUGAAUUCAAGAAAAAUUUAUCGUUGUCACCAGAAAAACAAGUCAUCACAGCAGAUCCGGACGUGACUGUUCACGAUCUGAACGGGGAGGACGAAUUCAUAAUUCUAGCCUGUGAUGGUAUCUGGGACUGUUUGACAUCCCAGCAAGUAAUCGAUUUCGUUCGCCUACAGGUGUCGGAGGGCAAGGAGCUCACGGAGAUCGGAGAGAUGAUGUGUGAUCAUUGUUUGGCACCUGAUACAUCUUCCGGAGCUGGUAUUGGAUGCGACAAUAUGACCAUCCUCAUAGUUGCCAUUUUACACGGGCAAACGAAGGAGGAGUGGUACUCAUGGAUAACCGAUCGCGUGAAGAAUGGUGUUGGCUACAAGACCCCGACCGCUAUUCCCCAACUCUACGCGCAGAGCCGAUUAAUGUCCUUCAAAGCACGGCGGGAAGCUCAAGAAUCUAGAGAGCGACAACGAGAUGAAUUGGAUGAUAAUGGCGUUAACGCUUUACUAGCCAAUGCUGGACUGUCCGGGUUCGCUCGAGUGCUGGGUCCGGGUACCUUCCGAAGUGCGAUUGGCUCAGACAGUGCUAAUCUCAUGUUUGGUGGCGGUGAUGAUAGCGACGACGACGAGAGUGAUGAGGGCAAUAGUUCAUUCUUCACGAAAACAUUGGGGUUGGGUGCCGAAGAUCCAGAUCAUCCAGAUCAUCCAGAGCCUUCCGAUCCGAUUCAACACCUCAAAUCUCAACUUGACCAAUACGAAGAUUGGGAGGACGACAAUAAUCGGCACGACUCAAAGGACGCAAAUCACAAUUCUGGUUCCGAAGAUGUGAAGGACGGUGACCCAACGACAUUCGCCGCCGUAUCUGGGGGUGAAGCACCGCUACCACCGAAAGGUCAUCCGAAUGGCAUUACAAAUCCGGACUCACCUGUAUCACAGUUGAAGUCAGAACCUGGUGGCGACAAAGCGGAUCCUGUUGUCGAAGCUGAGGGUCUCAUGGAUACGAGUGAGGAUCCUACAAGGGUGUAGCCGCACUGUAUCACUAGUCUCAAUAUGUACUUUCCUGUACCUUACCCAUCUCUUUACCUUGGUGUUUCGUUUGUUUGGGUCGUUUCCUUCAAGAAUAUUUAUUCGUUUCUAUACCGCUGUCUCAAUAUCCUGCCAUGUAGCUCACUGUACAUCAGCCGGUU